AUGAAGAUGACCAUGUCUGUGGCUACUGUGCUGUUCCUGAUGACCAUUUCUUUCUCUAUAAGGAAGAGCACUGGUCAGGUUUGGCCCCUGGACAUGGCUGAAAACUCUGUGGAUGACUCUUAUGAAGGCUGCAGGGACGCCAUGAAUAGAUUAGUGAUCUCAAAAUACAUUGAAGAUGAAAAAAACAACACUCCUGGUUUUGCAGCUGGUUGGAAAAAAGCACUCAAUAAAUGUGUCAAACAUGGACUCGGUAUAAACCAGUCUGCUGCCAUAUACAUGUAUACAGCAAAUCCUGAAAGUAUGAAAAAUUGCUCAUAUACCCAGUUCAACAAAGCUACUCGUAACGGAGCAGCAGACUAUCAGUCAGGUGACUUUCAGUUUUACACACUGCAUUUCUUUCUGACUGAUGCUGUUCAACAACUCAAAAAAAAACAAAGAAGUUGUGUGACCACAUAUCGCAGAACUAAGGAUAAAUUUAAAACAGACGUUCUUAAUAAAAAAAUUCGAUUUGGGUCUUUCACUUCCAGCUCUUUGAAAAUGAAUGUAACUAGAUUUGGUGAAGAGUCCUGUUUUCAAAUUAAAACAUGUUUUGGAGCUGCAAUAGAAAAAUUCUCAAAGUUCCCAAAUGAGAAAGAGGUGCUAAUUCCUCCAUAUGAGACCUUUCUUGUCACCGCCGUUAAAAAAAAAGACAAGAAAAAAGAUCUGUGGUGUAAUGUGGUCUAUGAACUUAAAAGUGCUGGUAAGAAGAGUAACCUUAAUUGCAAAAAAAUACCCAGUGGAUCAGCAUUAGUGCCAUCCUGUAGUGGAUUUGGCUGUUUUAUUCAUAAGAUGAUCAGAAUUCUUAAGACAAAAUGA